GGCGGGGCUCCCCGAGCAGCAGCAGGCCCAGCCCGGCCCGGCGUUUUUCAAGAUGGCGGCGGCCGUAGAGCCGGAGCCGCAGCCCCUGAGCCUGGAGCUGCUGCCCACCGACCCGCUGCUGCUCAUCCUGAGCUUCCUGGACUACAGGGACCUCCUGAGCUGCUGCUAUGUAAGUCGAAGAUUUAACCAGCUAUCAAGUCAUGAUCCAUUGUGGAAAAGACACUGCAAGAAAUACUGGCUUUUAUCUGAGACAGAGAAGACUCGGAGAAAGCAGAGCUGGAAGGCUAUCUUUAUAAGUAUUUACUCUGAUUUAGGAAGGUAUAUUCAAUAUUAUGCUACACUUAAAAAAGCAUGGGAUGAUAUAGAGAGAUACUUGGGACAGCGGUGUCCCCGGAUGAUUGGUUCUUUGAAAGAUAGUGUGCAGGAGGAAGACCUAGAUGCUGUGGAAGCACAAAUAGGUUGCAAACUCCCUGAUGAUUAUCGGUGUUCAUUUCGUAUUCAUAAUGGACAGAAACUAGUUGUUCCUGGGUUGAUGGGAAGUAUGGCACUAUCCAAUCACUAUCGUUCAGAAGAUUUAUUGGAUAUUGACACAGCAGCUGGGGGAUUUCAACAGCGUCUUGGUUUGAAACAAUGUCUUCCUUUAACCUUUUGCAUUCACACUGGCCUGAGUCAAUACAUGGCACUGGAAAGUGUGGAGGGUCGUAAUAAAUAUGAGAUCUUCUACCAAUGUCCAGAUCAGAUGGCCCGUAAUCCAUCUGCUAUUGAUAUGUUCAUUACAGGUACUUCUUAUUUGGAGUGGUUCACAUCUUAUGUAAACAAUGUCGUAACAGGCGGCUAUCCCAUCAUCAGGGACCAGAUUUUCAGGUAUGUUCAUGAUAAGGAGUGUGUGGCCACAACAGGAGAUAUUACUGUUUCAGUCUCCACAUCUUUUCUACCUGAACUCAGUUCUGUACAUCCACCACAUUACUUCUUCACUUACAGAAUCAGAAUUGAGAUGUCCAAAGAUGCUCUUCCUGAAAAGGCUUGUCAGUUGGACAGUCGGUACUGGAGAAUAACCAAUGCCAAAGGUGAUGUAGAAGAAGUUCAGGGUCCUGGAGUCGUUGGAGAAUUUCCAAUAAUCAGCCCAGGUAGAGUUUAUGAAUAUACCAGCUGUACUACCUUCUCCACUACUUCAGGAUACAUGGAAGGAUACUAUACCUUCCAUUGUCUCUACUAUAAGGACAAGUUCUUUAACGUCAUAAUUCCCAGAUUUCAUAUGGUGUGCCCAACAUUCAAGGUGUCUACAGCACGCAUGGAAACUAAUCAUAAUGAAUAUGCUAUGGAUGAAGAUGAAGACUCAACAGACACUGAUGAAUAUGAAGACAGACGUAGAGUCUUGGAUAUUCCUGCCCCUUCUGGACGCUGUCCACGUCAUACCUGAUCGAACUUCUUUAAAAAAAAAAAUAAAUAAAUAAAUAAAAAACUGUUGGUCAGAGAAGAAGUUUAACUUCCUGAGGCUACUACGUAAGACAGCUUCUGAAUAUUGUAAAUGAAUUGUUUCUUUUCCACAGCAGGACAACUAGCAUGAAUACUGGUGCCAGUUCUAACUUUCAUCUGAUUGGAUUAUAGGGAUUUUUUUUGAAGGGUAGGGGGAGGAUUUUGUGUGCACUUUUUUUCCAAAGUGCAAAACCGCUUGACAGUCUGAGGUAAUCAUAUCUUACAUUUUUAAACUAUUUCCUAUUUAUGAUCAUAUUACAGACAUGGUAUGGGGAUUUGUUUUUAUACAAGCAUUUAAAACUUAGCAACAGACAGAGAAGUUUGCAAAAAGGUAUAUAAUGGCCUUUCACACUGACUUCCAAUUGUUAAUUUCUGCUAUGAAUGAAUGAAAUUUGCAGUUAGGCCUAUGUAACCCCAUUGGGUUGGAUCAGGUGCUCAUGUACAUUUUAUAUUAAUAUACAGAUAGCAUAAAAUUCUGGUGACUGAGUGCGUAAGUUUGAAAUGAAACAAACUUUAUUUUUCCAGACAAUCUGUCUUUCAACUUACUUUAUAAUAAAUAUCUGAUGAUGAUCACAGAUACAUGCCUUUUGGGAUGUAGUAUAAUUCAUAAUCUGUUUACUAACAAGCAAUUUCUGACUUAUUACAUAGUAUAAAUUUGUAAAUACUGUUUCUGAGUUUUUCCUUUAUAUGCUGUUUGCUAUCUGACUUUGUGGUAAGUGACACAAAUUUUAUGUGUAAGACUAAGUAUUAUCAUAUGUUUUCCUGAAUCCUAUAUGGAUUUUUGUAAUUAUGCUUGAUUCACAAUUGGGGCUUAGCAGUACACAGAUGUCUAAAAGCCUUAUAUUUAAAGAAACAUUUGUUUGUUCUAUCAUUUUAUUUUGUUUCCACUGCUAUUAAAAUAAAUAUAUUGCCUCCAUUGUUCUAAAUGUUACUUGGAACUAUUCCUCUUGCUAAGAGUAGAGCAAGGAAUUAAAAGUUGCAACUGAUGUCA